AUGUUGGCAAUAUAUUUCUUUUCCUAUUUGCACUAUUUAACUUUUCGGUACGGUGCUUUGGCUAGUGAAACGAUUUGUACGGAAAAUUUUACACCGUGGAAAAAAUUACUUCCUUGUAAGCAGACUGGCUUAUCUACGCUGUUGAAUCCUAUUAAAAUGUAUGAAUCAGUUUUUCAUUCGAUGUCUGUACAUUUUCUGCACGUCUGUGAGGAUGGAACAACGAAUUGUGGAACACGGCGAAGAUUGGAGCUCAGUUUAAAUUUCGUAACGGAAUUAGAUUUGAGAUCUAGGAAUUUAGAUUGGAGUUUUCGUCAUCUAUUUGGUCGACAAAUCGAUCAAAGCUGUGUGAUAGCAGACAGGGAUAUUGUUUUAUUUGAGGUGGAUCGGAAGGUUAUGACGGAAAACAACGAACAACGAAAAAUGGGUAAUCGGAUUUACACACUCUAUAAUAUUUCCGCCUACCCACAUCAUGCUUUCCCAAUUGAUAUAAGUGCAAAAUAUGCAAGUCGUUUGGAAUUACCAGUCGAUAAUAGUCCUACUUUGAUUACAAUUCGAACAUAUGUUACGGGUACAGAUCAGCAAUCGGGACGUCUGAUUAGUAUUUUGAGAAAUGCACAACAUAUUCCUCAGUGUGUUGUCUAUACUCAUGUGGUACCAUGGUUCAUAAAAAUAUAUUAUCACACAAUUCUUUUUACUUGUCAUCCUCUAGACGUUGAGCAGGGUCAGUCCUUGAAGGGAAAAGUGAACAAAAAAGUUUUUUUACCAGCAAAAGAUCGCCAACGACCAUUCCUUUUGGAAUGGAAUGUCACUCUUCCAGAAAGUUCAUUUUGCGAAAUAUCUUUGGAAUUCGACAAAGCCUUCUUGAGAGUAAAUGAAUAUCCCCCAGAUGCUAGUCAUGGCUUCUACAUUCCGGCACCUGUUAUAACUUUCAAUGCCAGUGCUGAGUUGUGGAAAGAAAAUCGGACUGACCUCGGCGAUUCACUAACUACCACUUACGAUGAAAUAUUAGGUUCGAAAAGUUCGCGCAUAAUUAGUAUGCAUGGCGAAGUGCUGCUUAUUUUAUUGCCGGUGCCGGAUUUUAGUAUGCCGUUCAAUGUAAUUUGCCUUGUUUGUACAGCUAUUGCUAUGCUUUUUGGUCCAGUACAUACUCUGACUACAAAAAUGAUGAUACCUCUCUCGGAGGAGGAUAAGGAUUUAGCCCCACUCCCACCAUUACGACAAUUUUUUUUAUAUAUUUAUGAAUUUAUUGUUCGACGAUUUGUUCCAGUAUUCGUGAGGCAGUCUAUCGCUAAAAAGGAGAAAGUUUCAUAA